UUCCAAAAGCAUCAUGGUUCCCACGUGUUGAUACGAAACAACCGAAUGUCUGCAUCUGCAUCGAGUGGAGAGGGAGAGUGUAAGGGGGAAUCGAUGGACACAGGAGAGGCAGGGGCUGCCUCUGCCAGGGGCGGCGGAGCCAGGGAAGCCUCGAGGAAAGGCCCAGUCUGCAUCAUCGUCCUGGGAAUGGCUGGCUCUGGAAAAACAACUUUUGUCCAGAAAAUCGUGUCGACUUUGUAUGAGAGUGGGAAGCCCUAUGUCGUUAAUCUGGAUCCAGCCUGCAGGGAAGUGCCCUAUCCCACGAAUAUAGACAUUCGAGACACUGUGAACUACAAAGAAGUGAUGAAGCAGUAUCGUCUGGGCCCGAACGGUGGCAUCGUCACAACCCUCAAUCUAUUCUCAACGAAGUUCGACAAAGUCGUGGAGUUGAUUGAUAAAGCUGGAGAAGAGCAUGAAUACGUUGUGCUCGAUACACCAGGGCAGAUCGAGGUGUUCACGUGGUCUGCCAGUGGGACGAUCAUCACUGAAGCCCUCGCCUCCCAGUUCCCAACGAUUGUCGUUUACGUUUUGGAUACUGUGAGGAGUGUCAGUCCCGCCACAUUCAUGUCAAACAUGCUGUAUGCGUGCUCUAUUUUGUAUAAAACGAAGUUGCCGUUCAUUGUCGUCAUGAACAAGAUUGAUAUAGUUGAACACAGUUAUGCAGUGGAGUGGAUGCAGGAUUUCGAAGCAUUCCAAGAAGCCCUCGACUCAGAGACAAGCUACAUAAGUAAUUUAACCAGAUCCAUGGCCCUGACUCUCGACGAAUUCUACAGUCACUUGAAAAGCUGUGGAGUUUCCGCAAAAACUGGAGUGGGAAUCCCAGAGUUCUUCAGCCUCGUCAAGGAAGCUGUGCAGGAAUACGAAACAGUUUACAGAAAAGACUGGGAGAAACUGAGAGCAGAGAAAGCCUCAGAGAUUGAAAAACGAAAAUCGAAGUUGAAUGUGGCAGUAGCCAAGGCCCAAACCGCAGGGAUAACGACAGUCUCCACUGGACAAGACAUAGCUGAUGUCUACCUCAAGGCCUCUGGCGAUGACUCCAGUCCAGACGAGGAUGAAGAAGUCCCUGAGGAUGCCAACGACGAGGACAGAGCUGCUGAGUCAUUCAAAGAAUAUCUUAAUCGACAUAAAGAAGAGCAAGUGAAGCGUGCAAAAAGACAGAAGGCUGAUGCAGACUCUGCGCUGGGCUCUUAACGACUAUAAUAUUAAAAUUACUAAUAUAAAUUAUGAAAGAACGUGGAUUUUUAUUACUUAAAUAUAUUUUUUUGCCUUGUA